AUGUUCUCCUCUCUUGUAAGCCCCCAAACGCCCCCACUACCGGAUAAGGCCGGCAACAAGGCUCACAAGCAUGGCUCUGGACACGGAAACCGCCAGAACGCUUCCAAGCACUCCAAAGCCCCCAAGACUACAAAGAUUCCCAGGGGCCUCGACCCGGGAACUGUUCCAGCCUCUUUUUUGUUCGCCGUCAAUGAGUUCCAAGUCGACUAUGAACCGCAGCCCGGAGAGGAUCAUCCGCUGACCGACCAGUGGUUCAACAUGGUGCCUCCGCAGCGAGCGGAAGCAUACACAGGCGAGUAUCCAGGGACUGUGUUCCGUUACCGGAACGGGGUCGUGUCUCCGGCUCCCGGAUAUAUCUGCGUCUACCGCAACACGAGCCCCUCGGCCGUCCCCUCCCGCGGCCUCUCCGGCUACCUGCCCAUCAUCCUCGCCCUGAUGGGCUUCCACGGCCGGCCCGGCCGCGCGAGCGACGUCUUUUCCGCCCACGGGUGGCAUCAGCACAGAUGGACCCUGUCGAACCGCGCAUCGAAUUACCUCCCGAAAUCGGGCGAGAGCCCUCGAGGCCUCUACGUUCAGGUCUGCACGGACAACUUGGUGGACGGUCUGGCAGACAGCGUUGAGAACAACAUCCCGGUCGAGCAAUGCACGGAGGUGUUGCAAUACCUAGAGUGUUGCACCAUUCUCGUCCAGGGCUAA